CGUUGUAGCACAUUACACAUCCCCGAAGUAUAGGAUUACUCUCUCUCAGGCAGCUUGUAAUCUCGUGCACUCCCUCUUGAAGAGAUCACUUGGGAAAUUCAUCACUCUAUAUGCGAACCGUCAGAUGAAGCCAUUAAAAAGAAUCAGAGUCCCAUGAUUUGGAUCUGUGCCGACUUUUGAGCUGCUGUACACUUUUGUUUCAUCUUUCAUUUUCUUCUCUCUUCCAUUUUGUAAAAAUACUGAGCCUUGCAAACUGAAAAAGUUGAAUCUUCCUUCCUUGAAGGAAAUGGUUAAUUUAGGAGACCUGAACAAUGACAUUCCCUUUGAUGUGCUGUCUCGGUUGCCAACAAAGUAUAUGCCAAAAUUAAAGUGUGUUUCUAAAGGGUGGAACCGCCUUAUAUCUGACCCCACUUUCAUGAAGGUUCAAUCCCAAAAGAGAGAACCACUAUCAGGCUUCUUCUUCCAACAGAAGUACCAAUGGUGCUAUGAUGACAUAACUACUAUCAGCUACAUUCCUGUUGAAAAGCAAGAUGCUGAACUCCAUAAGACAGUAUUUAACUUCCUUCCUGAACAUGUUGUGGUGCUGGCUUCAUGCAAUGGUCUGGUGUGCUGCCGCAGCUGCUUCCCCUUUCAUGACUCUUGCCUAUACAUCUGCAACCCCUUGAACAAUGAAUGGUUAAGGCUAAAAUGGGAUGAACCUGACAAAGAAAACAGCUUUGCUUUGGCAUUUGACCCAUGUCAAGAUCACAUAGGCACAUCAACCAAUUUCAAAUUGAUCAGAGUGAAGCAAUUUGAAACUAACAAAGAGGCCUUAUGCUUUUCAUUUGAAAUAUACUCUCCGGAUAAAGGGGCCUGGAGGAAAUCAGAGGAAAUCUGCAAGUGCAAUAGCAAUCUGUACAAGAACAGAGGCAUUUUUACGGAAGGGGUUUUGCACUGGUUGACUGAUGGCGACGAAGUGCUGACCUUCAAUGUGGAGAAUGAACUAUCAUGGUUGGUAUCUGUUCCACUUCCAGCCAGUGAGUUCAGGAGCAUCCCAGAAGCGUGUAUUGGUGAUUCUGAUGGCAGGCUGCAUUACAUCCUGGUGUCUGAAUAUGGAUUUCAAGUGUGGUUUCUUGAAGAUUACUUUGAAUCCAGGUGGUCCCUGAAGCUUUGCAAAACUCUGGAGGAAAUGGAUGAAGAACAUUCACAGUUCCUUUAUAAUUUGCGUGAGAGAGUAACACAACGGUUGGCAGUUGACAUGGAACCAUGGAUUGAUCCCCUGGCCUUCAAAGAUGGGUAUUUAUUAAUGAGGGUUUCUCGAAAGAUCUUGCUAUAUAAUAUUGAGACAAACAAGCUGCAGCAAGUAUGUUAUCUUUCCAAGUUGGGUACCAGUUCCAUCUGUUGCACAGUGCUUCCCUAUACCUUAAGUUUGGUUCCCCUAAAUCAGGCAUAAGAGACCCUUUUUCUUUGUCCUUGUUUAUCUUCUGUUGGUUAGGUGGUUGUUUAUAUAUGGAUCUUUUGAUCAGAUUCCUCCCCCACAACAAUGGUACCUAUCAAC